AUGGAUGCACCAAGUAUUUCUUCAUUCUCAAAUUCUAAUCCACAACAAGAAAUUGUUGAUGUAAAUAGUCCUCCCAACCAUUCAUCACCCCACAUUAAAAGGCGAACGAGCUUCAAGGAGUCCUUACUCGCUGCAGUUGCAACUAUAAAACCAAGAAAAAUCAUGGAAAAGUUAUCUCCAAGAAGUCACAACAAUACAAAUUACAACAACACCAUUGGCAACGACAAAGCAAGCUCAGUAACGGAUUCUUCGCAGUUGCAAAAUUCCAAAUCUUUAAAAAACGAAAACAUUGAACAGGAAGAAGAAAUUGACCUUACACGAAGAAGCUUAGAUCCAAGCCUUCUUCAGGUGGAUCGUAUUCGUAAAGAAAACAGUGCUAGUGGUAAAAGCAAGAUUAUUGAAAGUCACUCGUUAAAAAGAUACACAGAAUUCACUGCACUCGUUCGACAAUACUUGAAUCCUCACCUAGUACUUCAUAUAUGCGACUAUAUUUCGUUUCCUAUUGGCAGAUUUUUAUCAAAAACCACGAAAACUCCUUACAAGGAUGAUUAUUUGAAAUUAUUCUUCGGAAAAUUUAAUAUUAGUUUUUUCAGUUUUGCAUGUAGCAAAGAAAUUUACUUAAUUUUCAAGAAUAUCAUUAUUACUGACAAUUAUAGUGUGGAUUUUAGAAAUUUUGAUCAACUCUUUAGGACAGUUCCAUUGAAGCGAAUUGAGUCUCUUGCGGUUCUACAAUUCGAUUCGUCUUGUAUGAGCUCUUCGUUUGCAGCAGCUCUUCCCAAAUUACUCUACCAUUGUAUCUCUCUCAAGAGUUUGUAUAUUAACACCGAAGUUGUGACAGGCAAUGAUUUGCCAAUGAUAUUUGACAACAAGACAGAGAAUUCUAAGACGCCUACGUCCAACGAUAUUUCACCAUCUUGCCACUCCUCUCCUUCCAACCAUAAGAAAAGAAAAAAUUCUAAAAAUCAUGGUAAUUGUCUAGCAACAGUGGAUCCUAAAACGUUUGAAACAACUCUAUCUUCUCACUUAUGGAGCACAUUAGAGGAAUUAGUGAUUGGAGAACGAGUGAACAUUUCAGGUAUUGACAUUUCCAACUUUAAAAGAUUGAAACAAUUUACUUGGAGAUCUCUUUCAGAAACACCUUCAGACGGACGUUUUUCAUUCACACCAAUUAAUGGCCAUUGUACUUUGACCACGCUGGAGCUUUCAAAAGUGAGUCUUGAACACACUCAAUUAAGGAACCUCUUUGGGUCAUUUCCUUCCUUAACAAAUUUAAAAAUUGAAUAUUUACACUCGAGGCUCUCUCAUCGAUCCAUUACCUAUUUACAGAAAAAUACCACCCUAAAACGAUUAACUCUAAGAUAUUGUAAAAAUGCUGACUACAAUAGCGGUGAUGUGAUUUGCAUUAGCGUCGCAAAUCAUCCAACACUGCAAUAUUUAGACAUUAGUGGAUUGGAAGUGUGCGAUGAUGCACUGAAGUAUUUACUUGUAACUAACAGAAACAAGUUAUCCAUUCUCAAAGCGAAAGGUAGACUCGUCUCCAAGAAUGAUGAUGAACCACACAUGGCUAUUAACAGUCAACAAGGUAUUCAACCAGUGCCUGUCAUCACUGGACAAGGUUUUACUGAGAUUUAUCGCAAUCAAACCAUCACUUAUUUAGAUUUAACCAAUCAGCCCAUUACUUCACAAGGAGUUGAAUUUAUUGCUCAAUCUUCUUCAAUUCAACAUUUAGUUUUAAGGAAUUGUUCUCUGGGAAAUGAAACGAUCAUUCCUUUGAUUUCUUCACAAUUUCCCAUCACUGCAAAUAUUCUCUCGCUAGAUUUGUCACGAAAUAACCUCAACGAUCGAUUCAUGUUCGUAAGCAAUGGUCAUUUGAAUUCAAGCAUUUGGCAAUGUCUGGAACAACUCUCACUGUCAGGAAAUCCAAUGAGCACCAACGUCAUCAAUGGUUUGACACACAUGUUGUCUGAAAAAUGUAAAAAAUCUCUCAAGAGAUUAUUUGUGAAUGGAUUGAAUAUUAGAGAUGCAGGAUUUCGUUCCAUACUUUCAACAUUCCCAAAUUUGGAGCAUAUUGAGGCAGCAGAUUGCCGUCUGACCAACAAGUCCUUAUUAUUACUGGGUCAUUGCAAGUCACUGUUGAAAUGUAAGGUCAAUCAGAAUGACUUUUUUUGGGAUAAACCAGUAUUGCAAGCGCUCUUUAUCGAGAAUACCAUGUUGGAGAGUGUUGGAAUUGUGAGUCAAAACCUGCAAACUGAAAAAGAGUUCAAACGAUUGGCCAAAGUGUUGAAAAAUAACAGAAACAUUCAAAGUCUGACAAUUAAUCAUUGUUUGGUUCCCAAGAAACAAGGCGCUAUGGCUCCAUCAUCUAACGACGACGACUCGGGUUUCUAUAUUGAUAGUAAGGCAGAAGCUCAAUUCAGAAUUGAUUGUUAUCACAUUGGAAAAAUUCGGUUUACUUUUGAUGAAUAA